GGGGCCGGCCAUGGGCCGCGGCUCCGGCCGGCCGCCCGCGGGAAGACAUGCCUGGGGAGCCGGCCGUUAGCAGCGCCGUAGCCUGGGGUCCCGGGCCGGCAUGAGGACAGCCGCGGGGGAACGUCUGCGGCCCGUAGGGCUGUAGUUUCGUCGGCGCUGGGGACAAAGGUGCGUGUCUUUGUAAGGACCGGGCUCUGCAAGCCCUAUUGCAGUUUGACACUUUGAGAGAAGUUGCGAUCGGGCUGUUGCGGCAACAGGGCGACAAAUGCCAAGCGUAGUUUCAAUACGUUAAAAUGAAACUGUGAAGUGGAAACGGUUAAUAGCAGGCCAGCACAAGUCUCUGCUCAAACCUCCGUACGCCAGGCAGGAAAUAAAAUUUUAAGAAAAAUCGCAGUGUCACAGACCCCAAGGAUUCAUUCCGGCGCUCAAGUUAGAAUUGGAGUUUAGAGUCACCGACUGCUGGAAAAGGUAGCCUGCUGGAGAAGGUAGCGGUCCGCCCGCAUUUCCUAUCCACUGUGAGUUGGAACGGUGGACUUUUUGAUUAGCAGCUGUGUGAUUAACCGUUGUGCCAAAGGAAUAUUAAAUCAACAUUGUACUGGACCUAGAGGAGUCAAGGAAAGUGAAGCCAUGCAGUGACAACCACUAAGACUUGUUGGUAGCCAUGUCGGAGCCCCACAGGGUCCAGUUCACCUCUCUCCCAGGUCCUCUGAAUCCUGCAUUCUUGAAGAAAUCCCGGAAGGAGGAGGUGGGGGGAGCAGAACAGCUUCAGGACUCUGAGCCGGCGGCUGCAGCUGUUCGGAUCACACUUACCCUCUUUGAACCAGAUCACAAGCGCUGCCCAGAGUUUUUCUACCCAGAGCUGGUGAAGAAUAUACGAGGGAAAGUGAAAGGCCUUCAACCCGGAGACAAGAAGAAAGAUCUCUCAGAUCCUUUCAAUGAUGAAGAAAAGGAAAGGCAUAAAGUGGAGGCCCUUGCCCGGAAAUUUGAAGAAAAAUAUGGUGGAAAGAAACGAAGAAAAGACCGAAUACAGGACUUGAUUGAUAUGGGGUAUGGUUAUGAUGAAUCCGAUUCCUUCAUCGAUAACUCCGAGGCGUAUGACGAGCUUGUUCCUGCUUCCUUGACAACCAAGUAUGGAGGAUUCUACAUUAACUCGGGGACCCUGCAGUUUAGACAAGCAUCGGAAUCCGAGGAUGACUUCAUUAAAGAAAAGAAGAAAAAAUCCCCAAAGAAGCGGAAGUUGAAGGAAGGUGGUGAGAAGAUAAAGAAGAAGAAAAAAGAUGACACUUAUGACAAGGAGAAGAAAUCGAAAAAGUCCAAGUUUUCCAAAGCCGGCUUCACAGCCCUCAAUGCCAGUAAGGAGAAGAAGAAGAAGAAAUACUCUGGGGCUCUAAGCGUGAAAGAGAUGUUAAAGAAGUUUCAGAAGGAGAAAGAGGCUCAGAAAAAGAGGGACGAGGAGCAUAAGCCUGUAGCCGUCUUGUCCGCAGAAGCUCAGAGCCUGCGGGAACUGGAGAGCACCUCUGACCCCUUGCUGUCUCUCUUCGGCUCCACUUCUGACAAUGACUUGCUGCAGGCAGCCACUGUCGUGGACUCGCUGACUGAUUUGGACUUGGAGCAGCUGCUCAGUGAGUCUCCAGAAGGAAGCCCUUUCCGUGACAUGGAUGAUGAAAGCAAUUCCCUUGGGGUGGGAUUGGACCCGGAAUUCAGGCAGUCCUCCUCCCUCCCCGAAGGCCUGCCCACGCCCCUGGAGAAGCGCAUUAAGGAGCUGGCUCAGGCUGCCAGAGCUGCUGAGGGAGAGAGCAAGCAGAAGUUCUUCACCCAGGACAUUAAUGGCAUCCUGUUAGACAUAGAGGUGCAGACGCGGGAGCUGAGCAGCCAGAUUCGCUCAGGGGUGUAUGCCUAUCUUGCUUCAGUGCUGCCGUGCAGCAAGGACACCCUACUCAAACGUGCUCGGAAACUUCAUCUCUAUGAGCAGGGCGGGCGUCUGAAGGAGCCUCUCCAGAAGCUUAAGGAAGCCAUUGGCAGGGCGAUGCCAGAGCAGAUGUCCAAGUACCAGGAUGAAUGCCAGGCACACACGCAAGCAAAGGUUGCUAAGAUGCUGGAAGAGGAGAAGGACAAGGAGCAGAGAGAACGAGUUUGUUCAGAUGAGGAAGAAGAUGAAGAAAAGGGGGGGCGACGAAUAAUGGGACCCCGGAAGAAAUUCCAGUGGAAUGAUGAAAUCAGGGAGCUGCUCUGCCAUGUGGUGAAGAUGAAGCUGGAGAGCUACGAUCCAGAGAGGAACAACAAGGCCCAGUCUUGGGAGGACUACGUGAAGGCUUUUCUGGAUGCUGAAGUCAAACCUCUCUGGCCCAAAGGCUGGAUGCAGGCCAGGACCCUGUUUAAGGAGAGCCGGCGCGGCCACGGGCACCUCACAUCAAUCUUGGCCAAGAAGAAAGUCAUGGCCCCUUCUAAAGUCAAGGUGAAGGUGAGUCAGCCUGCCUGGCCCCGUGAUGCCCAUUCUCAGCUGUCUCCUGCCAUGCCCCUGAAACCUCUCACGUGUCUAAGGGCAGCCUUUCAGGAAUCAUCUGCUAAGCCUGAUAAAAAGGUCUCUGUCCCAUCAGGCCAGAUAGGCGGCCCCGUUGCUUUGCCUUCCGAGCAUCAAGGAGGAGGCCUGAGCAUUGCAGCCUUGGACCGGGAGCUCUCCUCCCAGGCAUCCAGCAGCCUGGUGAACCCCGCACCCAUCAACCUGGAGGACUCUCUGGAUGAAGACUUACUGCGUAACUCAUCCUCCUCACUGGAACCUGUGUCCAAGGAGCUGGACGUGUUGAAUAGCAGAGCUGGUGGGAGCUCUGAAUUCGCACUGCCUGCACCCUCAAAAGUGCCUGCAGAAAAGGUCACAGGUGUUUUAUGUAUGGAAGAAAAAAGGAACUUUCCGAAACCCAGCACUUCCGCUCCACUACCCUCUAGCUCUCUGCAGUCGCCUCUCAAUUUUCUGGCUGAACAGGCUCUGGCACUGGGACAGUCCUCUCAGGAGAAAAAAACAGAGAGUUCUGGCUACAAAGAGCUGUCCUGCCAGGCUCCCCUCAGCAAGAGCCUGCAGGAAGCACACCAGCCCAAAGCAAAACACCACAGCUUGCCGCGGACGUCCCACGGCCCCCUGGUGUCAGCGCCAGUGCCCGGCCCCCAGGUGAAAGUCUUUCACGCAGGCACGCAACAGCAAAAAAGCUUCACCCCCCCGGCUCCCUUUGUCAACAAGCUCCAAGGCCCAAAGGCAUCCUCCCCACAGUGUCACCGCUCCCUCCUCCAGCUGGUAAAGACCGCGACCAAAGGCCAGAGCUUCCAUUCCUCCCCGGCAGCCACCUCUGGAGGUGCCCCAGCCUCCAGCAGCAGCAGCUCUCACAGGAACCCAGCCUCGUCCUCUGCUUCCCUGAGCCAUGCAGCAAAACAGCACUCGGCCAGCUUGUCAGGGCCAUCAGUGUACAAGAACAGUCCCUUUGCCGGCUCUAUCUCCAAACACGCGCCUGCUUCCGGCAGCUGUGCCUCUGGAGGAACGCCAGGCCAGAGCUCUUCUUGCGGGAAUUUGCUUCCAGGUAUACAGCCUCCCUCCGUGGGACAGUCCACCAGCCGACCGGUUCCCAGCUCAGCAGUGAAGAAACCUUCUGUUUCCCAGAAGCUGACCCUGGUGGCACCACCGGGUGGUCCAAAUGGAGACUCGAGUGGUGGGACCCAGGGGGUGGCGAAGUUGCUGACCUCUUCCCUGAAGCCCACUGUGGUCAGUAAUGUGACAUCGUCUACCUCCUUGCCAAAAGGAACCGGUGGGGCCGUGCUGCUGACCAGCACCUCGCCCUUAAACCUGCUGUCUCCAUCCUACAAGCCCAGCAGCCCAAAGCUGCCCGGGACCAUGAACUCAAACUCCCUGGGCAUCAUCGGCCCCGUCCCGUUUCCUGUCCAUGUGCUCUCCUUCCCUGCUGACUCUGCUGCCAAAGCAGGGGUCUCCAAGGACGCCAUCGUCACCGGCCCUGCCCCUGGGACCUUCCACCAUGGCCUCAGCCACAGUCUUCUGGCUGGCUUGCACUCCAGCCCACACCCUGCAGCGCCCCUCCCACACGCUGCCUUGUCCACCCAUCUCCCACAAAGCCUGCCAGAUGCCUCUCAGCUUCAUGGGAAAGGGCCCAGUGUACCACGGAAACUGUGACUUCUUCAGCAGAAAGGCUCAACCAACUUAUGUCUGUCUGGGUGGAAACUGAACGUACAGGUCUCAGAAACUGGACGUCGACUGCAUUCUUUUCUGCAAACAGGCUUUCUUCUGGAGAAGGCGUGAGUUCUGAGGGGAGCGUUUCUUGGCACGUGUGAUGUGCCUCCAGGUAGGGGAGCAGCUGUCUGUUCCUCAAGAAGCACUUACUUACCUGGUGCUCUGGGCUUCACGGCUGUGUCGCUGGACAUUCGUCGAGGGGCUUGCCGGGCCCUGUGGAAGCCCACUGUGACUAGCUCCAGUGGUGCGGCAGAUGAGUUUGCACACCUGUGUUUCCAGUCUGCCCUACCCUUGGUCUUUGGUCAGAGUACCUCACGGCGCCCUACCAGACAGGGCUCCUUCUGGCCACAGCAGGAUCCCUGGCAUAGCCAUGGUGUCCAUCCCGUCCUCGGGCCAUGUGCUGCACAGGACAUAAACUGGGGUUAAAGCCACAGCUGGGAGAUGACCUUGUCCGUUUGAGGGAUACUAAGAACACCUGGUGUGUGCUCACUGUGGGGGCCGGUCUCUCCUCUGAGCAUAACAGAGAAGUUCUUUGAAAGAAAAGAUCUUUGUAGAUUCAACCAUUGUGAUAGGAUUUUUAAAGACACUUAUUUUUGGCUGUUUUCAUCGUCCCCAUGAAAUGCAUUGGAUGGAGUGGGACUGUGGAUCGUGUGUCAUGUUGUAGGAAGACAUAAUCCCAGUGCCUUUAUGGUGGAGCAGAAUCAGACCGCAUGUCCAUCUCAGCCCUGAGUGCAUCUCAGAUGAAGACAUGUCUGUAGUCAAGACAUAACCAGUUUUAUUUGAGUUUUUUAGGGUUGCACAUCAUAAUCUGUGCCAGCCUGACUAGAAGGUCACGUGGGCCCCAAAAACCUGGUUCCCAAUUCAGCCAGGGCCCUAGCUGUUUUUCCAGAGUUCACAUAGGUGGAUUCCAGAGCCCCAAAGCCCUAUCUUGGUGGGCAGAGGAGACAAGGGGUUCCAAGUCACGGUAGACAUUCCACUUAGUUUCCUUAGAAAUCACUGUUAGGCAGAGCUGCAGACACAGGCCCGGGAAAUAUCUGUCCUGCAGACACGGGCCAUGAUGUCCUGGGGCUCUCCGGGGGGUGAAGUUGUGCGUUCCCUGAAGGGUGACAAGACAUGCGGAUGAUCUCAGAGAGUAGGUCAAAGACGAGGACAGUCAUUCCAGAUCACCAGGUGUUCACGCUCAGGCAGCGCUGUUUCCCAGGAGUCUCAGGGCGCAGGCCUCCAUCUGUGCAGUCUGCGCCACAGGUGUGCAGGGCCGACUGCUACAGCUAGGUUAUGUCAUGCGUGGUAAGAGUGGGCAGUGGCCUCAGAACGCACACCUGCGUGAACACACUAUAGCCACUUGUGGUAUCCGAACCCGGGGAUGUGUACUCAGCGACUCACCGCCGUGCAGACGUGCUGGCGCUCCAGCUUCCCUCCUGGGGAGCCAGGCCUGCUACUGCACUCAGCCAGGCCUCUGCUCUGACUUUUUUUAACAAGGGAGAACCAAUUUGCAUUUCACAUUAUGCUAAGUAGAUUCCUUAUUCCUUUAUAUUUUUUUCAACUCAGAUUCCAGUUUGUUUACAGAAUAGUCUUAGGUAGUAGCAAAACAGCCAAAGAAGAGAUUUGUGUUGCUGAGCUCAGAGCCACGGGGAAAGCUGAGCAGUGGGGGUUCUCAAGGCUUGUGUGCCUCAACCAUCCCAGGCGCAGUCCAGCCUCUCCCUCCCUCCCUCCUCCCCUGUACCGUCAGCGUGCAGCUGGAGCGGAAUACCCUCGUUUUUAGGAAUCUAGCGAUGCCUCUUGCCUCAGGGAAACGUUUCUUUGAUGGGGAGUUUAUGAGAUUUCUUUCUUUAUGCUUUAUUUGUGGUAGCAGGAGAGUGAAUGACUUAAACAGCCACGGCAAGGCAGAACUGUAAGCCCCGGCCACCAUGGAAGGUGGGUGGCUCUGGGCCUGGGGCUGUGGCGGCUGCAGGGGUUUGCUUGGCCCUGCCUUGGCACUGUCUGAGGUGUGAAAGGGCUGUGGCUUUUGUGCAGCGGUUAUGUUGGUGUUAUGGGGUGGUGUGGAAAUUGUUAAUCUU